AUGAUGAAUAUCCCUCUUUUAACGAAUCACACAUCGAAUAUAGAUGCACGAAACAGAAAGGAUCCGGUCUUCAAGUGGCUCAAAUUAUUCCUCUACGACCAGGAGCACCCCAUCCUGCGCGAGACCCCGAAUCCAGCAUUGCCAGACGGUGUUUCAUCCGAGCAGCUUGUUUCCGACUAUCUUCGUCAACUCUAUACAGAGAUACAGAAUCUGAUUGUCUCUCCACGUCGUUCGGCCGAACUCGGGACCGAUUUUUGGUUUAGCCAGCCAGCUAGCUGGUCUGCCGACAACCAGAGGGUUUUUGCCAAAGCAGUGCGAGACGCAGGCUUCGGGUCCAAAGAAGCUGACAACCUUUUUUUCCUUACCGAAGCAGAAGCUGCUGCUCUAUAUUUCAUACAUCAGAGGGGAUCUGAAGCGAAGGAAGAUGACCUUAUUCUAGUAUGCGACGUCGGUGGAGGAACCACCGAUGUCGGUGCUUUUCAUAUUCAGGGGACCGGGUCAAAUACCGUGUACGAACCACUGGGAAGAUCGUCAGGGGUUAAUUCCGGCGUCGCAGCAUUGGAUGCUGCGAUCCGUCAACACAUGAAGGAGCUGCCCCCACACAUCUUUGGGCUCGUUAGGCCGCUGAACGAGGCCCUCCUGGAUAGAAUAUGUGACCUCAAGUACCGAUUCCAUGGCACUGAGGAGGAUCCCAUCCCGACUGAUGAGACCGGCGUAAUCACCGUUCCCCCAGAUGUGCUGAAGAAUUCCCUGAACUCCAGGGUGGUCGAUAUUAUCGACCUGAUAACGGCCAACAUCGUUCCACCGCGCCCACUAGAGCCACAAGUCUCGGAUGUCUUCCUCACGGGUGGUGGGAGAGCGACUCGUCGAGGGAUACUCGGCAGGGCGAUCCCCCGCCUGUAUUUUGACGCAAGCUACGGUCUGCAAGCUGCGGAGGGGGCUAUCAUCCGUGAGGGGAGCAUCAACCGAGAGCAAUCCUCCCCGCACUGGAUAAUUCGCAAGGGCCACGCAGUUGAAAGUCAGCACCAGAAUGAGCUUUUUUUCGACAUCCAUUAUCGUGCUGGAAAUGCGCCCAUAACCAUCAUAAAUCUUCUUCGACAUACAGCCGAGUUUCCUGAUGCUAAUAUGGUGGUGAAAUCCGAACGGAUGCCACCACUCAGUGAUGAGUACAGCGUGAAAGUGCAGAUUACGUGGGAAGUCAGAUACUCGGAGAGACAGGCCAUUGUUAGAUUCACGGCCCGGUCGCAGAACGCACUACUUGGUGAGCAGGAUGUACCUCUGGGUGGAUGCCGUUUGGUAGAGUGA